AUGGGCGGCGCCGUGGUGGACGAGGGCCCGCCCGGGGUCAGGGCCCCCGACGGAGGCUGGGGCUGGGCCGUGCUCCUGGGCUGCUUCGUCGUCACCGGCUUCUCCUACGCCUUCCCCAAGGCGGUCAGCGUCUUCUUCAAGGAGCUCAUGCGCGAGUUCGGCAUCGGCUACAGCGACACGGCCUGGGUGUCCUCCAUCCUGCUGGCCAUGCUGUACGGCACGGGCCCGCUCUGCAGCGUGUGCGUGAACCGCUUCGGCUGCCGGCCCGUCAUGCUGGUGGGCGGCCUGCUGGCGUCCCUGGGCAUGGUGGCCGCCUCCUUCUGCGGGAGCGUCGUCCAGCUCUACCUCACCGCCGGGGUGCUGACCGGCCUGGGGCUGGCGCUCAACUUCCAGCCCUCGCUCAUCAUGCUCAACCGCUACUUCAGCCGCCGGCGGCCCCUGGCCAACGGGCUGGCGGCGGCGGGCAGCCCGGUGUUCCUGUGUGCCCUGUCCCCCCUGGGCCAGCUGCUGCAGGACCACUACGGCUGGCGUGGCGGCUUCCUGGUCCUGGGCGGGCUGCUGCUCAACUGCUGCGUGUGCGCGGCCCUCAUGCGGCCCCUGGAGGCGCCCCCCGGCUCGGCACCCCCCGGCUCGGCACCCGGGUCUCGUCGCCCGCCCCGGCGGCUGCUGGACCUGAGCGUCCUGCGGGACCGCGGCUUCGUGGUCUACGCGCUGGCCGCCUCCGUCAUGGUGCUGGGGCUCUUCGUGCCGCCCGUGUUCGUGGUGAGCUACGCCAAGGACAUGGGCGUGCCCGACACGCAGGCGGCCUUCCUGCUCACCGUGCUGGGCCUCAUCGACAUCUUCGCCCGGCCGGCGGCGGGCGCGCUGGCGGGGCUCGAGCGGGUGCGGCCCUACUCCGUCUACCUCUUCGCCUUCGCCAUGUUCUUCAACGGCUUCACCGACCUCACGGGCUCCACGGCCCGCGACUACGGCGGCCUGGUGGUCUUCUGCGUCUUCUUCGGCAUCUCCUACGGCAUGGUGGGUGCCCUGCAGUUUGAGGUGCUCAUGGCCAUCGUGGGCACCCACAAGUUCCCCAGCGCCAUCGGGCUGGUGCUGCUGCUGGAGGCCGUGGCCGUGCUCAUCGGCCCCCCAUCCGGAGGCAAGCUCCUGGACGCCACCCACGUCUACCAGUACGUGUUCAUCCUGGCGGGCGCCGAGGUGGUGGCGGCCUCGCUGGUGCUGGUGCUGGGCAGCCACUUCUGCGUGGGCGCGGGGCCCGUGGCGGAGGCGGAGGCGGGGCAGCAGGCGCACCGCCAGCCCCCGGAGCCGGAGCGGGACUCGCGGGAAGUGGAGCGCUUCCUGAAGGCAGAGCCUGAGAAAAACGGGGGGCCGAGGCCCGGGCCCCCGAGACCAGUGUGUGAGGCCGCCGCGGCGCCGCAGCCCACGGAGGCGGCAGGGCCGGGGCGACCCGGCAGGGGCGCCGUGCCGGGCCGGCAGGAGGAGCGGCCGGGAGGCGCCCGAGGCUCAAGGACCAGAGACCAGGCUUGGCAGACAACGCGACUUUAA